AUGGCACCACGCAACCGUCUCGGCGUCAAUGACAAAGACUACAGCGCCCGAAGGCUUCCUGAAGACGACUCCUGCCGCUACCGGGUCUCCGCCGAUGCCUUCAGCCCACGCAACGCAAACCCAGACGUCGCUGCCAACCAAGUCGACCACGGCUUCAACCACCUCAAUAUCGCAGUCACACCAAUGCCAGCUGACCUUGAGCCACUCAAGCCCCCCGCAUUUGACUCUUUCACCCCCGAAGAAGAAAUCGCCCACCUUUCCCUCCUCGCCACAAAGCUUAGACUUGCAAAAGCAUACAUCCUGAAAGAGCGCGAGCUCGGUCUCUCCCCUAGCCGCCCCGAUAUGAAUAAAGAAGCUACCUCUAUGAAUCUCGCUGAACCGCCUAUAAUUCUAGACAUGCGCGCCCAGCAUUUGCUGCGUCUGGUGUUGGAUACAGAGGCUGAGCUCAGGCGUCUGCAUGCGGAGGCGCAGGGCGAGGAGCUGGGUGAUCUGAUGACUGAACCUGGUGGCAAUUAUCUGCUGUACUGGGAAGGUUUGAAGCCGAUUUUGGAGUGGCAGGUUCCGGGGCGUAGUGUGGAGGAGAAGGCCGAGAGGGCCGAGAACAUUAUGAAUGAUGCUUUGGAGAAGAUUGUGGAGCCUUGA